GCUAAAAUCCUGUCUUUGAAAAUGGCUUCCUUAAGUGGCAAAGUGCAGACAGUUUUGGGCCUCGUGGAACCAGGUCAACUUGGCCGGACACUAACCCAUGAACACUUAUCUAUGACCUUUGACUGUAGCUACACCCCUCCUCCUUCAGGCCAAGAAGCUUUGUCUAAGCAACCCAUGGUAAUGAAGAACUUGUUCUGGAUUCAGAAGAACCCAUAUUCCCACAAGGAAAACCUUCAACUAAAUCAGGAGACUGAAGCCAUCAAGGAGGAGCUCCUAUAUUACAAAGCCAAUGGCGGUGGGGCUUUGGUGGAAAACACAAUCAGCGGACUUAGUCGAGAUGUGAAGACCUUGAAGUGGUUUGCAGAAGAGACUGGGGUCCAUAUCAUCUCUGGGACUGGAUUUUAUGUGGGUGCCACACACUCUGCAGAGACCCGUGCCAUGUCAAUUGAGCAGCUUACUGAUAUUUUUAUUAAUGAAAUACUACAUGGAGCUGAUAGUACCAACAUCAAAUGUGGAGUCAUCGGAGAAAUCGGCUGCUCUUGGCCUCUCACUGAAAGUGAGAAAAAGGUACUUCAGGCAACAGCCCAUGCACAGUCUCAGCUUGGAUGCCCAGUUAUCAUCCACCCUGGUAGGAAUCCAAACUCACCCUUUACGAUUAUACGAAUCUUGCAAGAAGCUGGGGCAGACAUCUCCAAGACGGUCAUGAGUCACCUUGACAGGACUAUAUUGGAUAAAAAAGAGCUAUUGGAAUUUGCCCAACUUGGAUGUUACUUAGAGUAUGACCUCUUUGGUACCGUUGUGCUGCACUACCGGUUUCAACCAGAAAUUGACAUGCCUGAUGACAACAAACGAAUAAAAAGGGUACGGCUCCUGGUGGAUGAAGGCUAUGAAGACAAACUUCUGGUUGCUCAUGACAUACAUACUAAACAUCGGUUAAUGAAAUAUGGAGGUCAUGGCUACUCACAUAUCCUCACUGAUGUAGUUCCUAAGAUGUUAAUUAGAGGCAUAUCUGAGGAUGCAAUUGAGAAGAUACUAGUAGAGAACCCUAAACAAUGGCUAACUUUCAAAUAGUAAUAUCAUUUUGUACAUGAAACUAACAGAGAAAUUCCAACUAUUUGAAACUAAGCUCCCCAAAAUUGGGGAGGACUGGGGUAAAUCUAUGGGAAGUUGUCCAGAGAGCCCCCCCCCCCAGGGCUAAUCAGCUUUCUUUUUAUUAGAAUAAUGAGAGGUUUGCCAUAUCUCUGAAUCUGGCUACAUCUAAUACCUGUUUCCCUUAAAAAAAAAUAGAGAAAUAUCUAUUCCCAAAUAGUGAUUUUAAUCCUAUACCUGCAGAAUCAUUAGACUCUUUUGAAGAUUCAUCAGCUGCACUACUUGAGAAAAUUUAAACUGUUUCCAGUUAAAUUACCCCCCUCUGGAGCAAUUUGAGGUUUCUUGUAAUAUUGAUGAUCCUACUAAUUAUCCUGCUGUUCUUUAAUUAAUGCUUAAUGAAUAAUAUGGCACUAUAAAGUAGCUUCUGUAGCAACUGAACUUGAGAUUCUGUUUCCUCUUUAAGAGAUACUAUCACAUAGCUACCAAUCCACAAAUGCUGAAGAAUAUUUUAAAUGACAUAUCCAAUGUGCAUUUUCUCUCUCGUACACAUACACAAACAAUAAAACCAGGCCCCUUUCCUC